GCGCAACGCAAGCCGGAGCUGCCUGACGUGCCGCAUCAAUAAUCCUCCACUGCCGGCUUUCUUGGAGGCCAUCAAGCACCACCUCAUCUUUCUAAUAUCAGCUAUCCUCAUUCCACGGAACGCACCCCGCCCGUGGCUCUACUCCCACGACACACGCCGCUUCCGGGAGGAUACUGAUUCCGCCGCGACCUCGACCAUCCGCCUGCUCCCCCUCCCUCCUGCACAUUUCUCCACCAUGCCUGGGCUCGUCACCGCGACGGGCGUUCUCGGCUUCCUUGCCGACGAAGAGCCCGAGCUCAAGGUCUUCGCCCUCCAGACCCUCAACGAUGAUAUCGACACCGUCUGGACGGAGGUUGCGGGAGCUCUGAGUCAAAUCGAGGCCCUCUACGAAGACGAGUCGUUCCCCGAGCGGCAGCUCGCCGCCCUCGUACUAGCCAAGGUGUACUAUCACCUCCAGGCCUACCAUGAGAGCAUGACCUUCGCCCUUGCCGCCGGCGACCUGUUCAAACUCGACGCUCCUGGCGAGUUCGAGGAGACCAUUAUCUCCAAGUGCGUGGACCAGUACAUCGCCGUCUCGUCCUCGCACCACACCCCCGCCAAGCAGUCCAAAGGCGAGGCGUCUCUUCCUCCUCUCGAGACCACCUUUUCUGGCGGCAUCGAGGCGUCGUCGCUCAUCUCCCCGACCACGCCCUUCUCCCAGUCAGCCCUGCCUUCCAAGUCGCUGCUGUCCCGCGACUCGACCGACAACACCAUUCUCGAUCCGACCUUCCAACCCGCAACCAAGCAGGGCCGCUCUGGCUCCAUCGUCCAGAUUCCUGACGAGGGCACACAGGCUGCCCUGCAGCGCGUGGUCGAGCGCCUUUUUGAGAAUUGCCUGAAGGAGGGGCGGUAUCGGCAGGUUGUUGGUAUCGCCGUCGAGGCCAAGAAGCUUGAUGUGCUCAAGCGUGUCAUCAAGCGGGCGAGCGAUGACGAGAAGCGCUCCAAGGGCAAGUCCCAAGACUCUAGCCAGAGCCCCGCGGACGAGCUGAUGGAGUAUGCUCUCGGCAUUUGCAUGGACGUCGUUCAAGAGCGCAGCUUGCGGACCGAGAUCCUCCGACUCAUCCUCGAUCUUCUCAACGACAUCCCGAACCCUGACUACUUCGCCAUCGCGCGGUGUGUCGUGUACCUCAACUCGGACGAGGAGGCCUCUACGAUGCUGCGCACGCUGAUCGGCAACGGAGAUGUCAACUCGAUUGCGAACGCAUACCAAAUAGCCUUCGACCUUUACGAUAAUGGCACCCAGGAGUUUUUGGGCAAGGUAAUCAAGUCAUUGCCAUCCGGAGAGCCACCCAAGAAGCCCGAGCCUGCGGCCGAAGAAGCCGAGGCUGCCGAGGGUGAUUCUCUGUUAAAGAAUGUCGAGUCCUCGGCCAAUGAGGAGUCGCAAGGUGACGAUGAGGAGGAGGAGGUGUCGGAGGACGAAGCCAAGGUCUUCAAGAACAUCCGGUCGAUUCUGGAUGGCAGCAAGGCUAUCAAGCUAGACCUCGAGUUCCUCUACAGGAACAACCGCACUGACCUAAGCAUCCUCAACAAGGUGCGCGAAAGCCUCGAGGGUAGGAACUCGAUCUUCCACACCGCCGUCACAUUUUGCAACGCCUUCAUGAAUGCCGGCACGACGCACGACAAGUUUUUCCGGGACAACCUGGAGUGGCUCGGAAAGGCUGUCAACUGGUCCAAGUUCACUGCAACCGCCGCUCUCGGUGUCAUCCACCGCGGCAACCUGUCUCAGUCCCGCAAGCUCCUCGAGCCUUACCUGCCCAAACAGGGCGGUAUCAGCAGCGGCUCCAUCUUCAGCCAGGGUGGUGCUCUCUACGCCUACGGCCUGAUCCACGCCAACCACGGCGCCGGCGCCCUCGACUACCUGAAGACCAUAUUCACGUCGACCGAGGACGAGGUUAUUAGGCACGGUGGUGCCCUGGGUCUCGGUAUCGCUGGCAUGGCUACUGGUGAUGAGGACAUCUUUGACGACCUGAAGACUGUUCUUUGGGCCGACUCUGCACUCAACGGCGAGGCUGUCGGUCUGGCCAUGGGUCUGAUCAUGCUGGGCACCGGGAACACCAACGCGCUCAAGGUCAUGUUCUCGUACGCUCAUGACACUACGCAUGAGAAGAUCGUUCGUGGAUGUGCGCUCGGAAUGGCGCUCAUAAUGUUUGGCCGUCAGGAGGGUGCCGAUGUCAUGAUUGAGGGUCUCCUCGGUGACCCGGACCCGACCCUGAGGUAUGGUGGCAUCCUUACUAUCGCCAUGGCUUACUGCGGCACUGGAAGCAACAAGGCCAUCCGCAAGCUGCUGCACACGGCCGUUAGCGACGUCAACGAUGACGUGCGCCGCAUUGCUGUCAUGAGCUUGGGAUUCAUCCUUUUCCGCAAGCCAGGCAGUGUUCCUCGCAUGGUCGAACUCCUCUCUGAGUCGUACAACCCCCACGUUCGUUACGGCUCGGCUAUGGCUCUGGGUAUCUCGUGCGCUGGCACUGGUCUUGAUGAGGCCAUCGACCUCCUCGAGCCAAUGAUGAAGGACCCGACCGACUUUGUCCGCCAGGGUGCCCUUAUUGCCUUGGCCAUGAUUAUGGUGCAGCAGAACGAGGCCAUGAACCCCAAGGUGGCCUCGAUCCGCAAGACGCUCAAGAAGGUGGUAGGUGACCGACAUGAGGACGCCAUGACAAAGUUCGGUGCUGCCCUCGCCCUGGGCAUCAUCGACGCCGGCGGACGCAACUGCACCAUCGGCCUGCAGACGCAGACCGGCAACCUCAACAUGGCCGGAAUCGUUGGCAUGGCCAUCUUCACGCAAUACUGGUACUGGUUCCCUUUCACCCACUUCCUGUCGCUCAGCUUCAGCCCCACGUCCAUCAUUGGUCUCGACCACGACCUCGAGAUCCCCAACUUCAAGUUCCACUGCGCCGCUCGCCCUAGCUUGUUCGACUACCCUCCCGAGCAGGAGGUCAAGACCGAGGAGGGGCCUGCUCUCGUCGCCACUGCAGUCCUUUCGACCACGGCCCAGGCCAAGCGCCGGGCACAAAAGAAGGCGAGCGCGCAGCGGCGCGAGAGCAUGGAUAUCGAUUCAGCCACCCCUGCUCUUUCCAAGGUUGGUCCGAGCGAUGGCGCCGACAAAAUGGAUGUGGAUGACGACAAGAAGGCGAAAGCCGAUGAUUCCAAGGAUAAGAAGGAUGGGGAGUCGGCCGACAAGGAGGCUUCGGUGCCCCCCGAGACCAAGAAGAAGGCGGAGAAGGAGAAGGUUGGAUACGAAAUCGAGAACAUGUCCCGUGUUCUCCCUGGACAACUCAAGUACAUCAGCUUCCCGGCUGGACGCUACAAGCCGGCAAAGAAGCCUACUGGUGGACCUCUUCUCCUACACGACACCCAGCCCGACCAGGCCAAGUCGCUGAUCGAGGAGAAGCUCAAGAAGGUGACGAUCGAGAAGGCGCCCGUUGCUGGGCCCCAGGUGGGGUCGUCGGCUCGGGACGGCGGGCGCCUUAGUGGGCUCAGCGAACAGCACCAGGCGCUCUUCCAGGCUGCGCAGCGCAUCUCUGCCAGUGCUGGUGGCGGCUCGGACGAUAACUGGCGCGAGGCCCUGGGUGUUCGGUCCGGCGGCAGCGAGCGCGAGGAGAUUCUGCGGCACCUCCUGAGCGGCGGACAGGGGCUUGGUGUGGGCGGGGCGUCUGACGAGCGUAGCGGUGCCGCCGCUGCCGCCGGUGUUCUCACCGCCGUCGACGAGGACGACGAGUCGGGCGAGGAGGCUCCUGUCCCGGCCGACUUUGAGUACUUUACGGACAACGAGGAGGAGGAGGAGCUGUGAAAGGGACAAGACACCAUCAGCGGGAGGUGACAUUGUUGGAACCGACUCCAACUGUAUUAUAGUCCUCUAGUCUUCACUCUUUCCCCGACCGCCUGAUCAGGGCAGCGAAGAGUUAGACAACGAUCACCAGGCCCUGGGUGUAUAACAGAGUCCAAUGUUUGUUCUUGCGAGAGCGGGACUGAGGCUUACACAAUAGACUUUGUCCCCCUUUUACUUAAUUUCAACUUGACCACUAAGCUGGCAUACUCUCCCCUGCAGCGCAUCGCUAUCACGCAUUUCCCAUGGGGUGACAACGGCA